AAGCGCGGCGUAGUAAUUAAAGUCGUGGCUUAUUACUUGAGGUCUCCCCACGCCAGCUUUUACAAUCCACCUGUGGCCAACUUACACGGCGACGUGGAUCGUCCACCACUCCUCGUAAAGGCUUGCGAAACCCGAUAUAGCGUACCUAGCGAGGCAUUUAAUUUGGUCAAAGGAUCUUGGGGCUGAAGAGGAAGCCUCGGUAAUCGCUGCUGAUAGAUUAAACAGCUGAGAGCGCUUCGAGGCUGUGGCUGGCAGGAGUUUACAUUGGCUUCUGCCGGUUAGCCACCUUCGUAUCGACUUCUACAUACAUUUUUACGGCAUCGGACCGAUUAAAGAGUAAGCGGUAGGGCGUGUUAUUUAGAAGUUUGGCGCAGGAAAAAAAAAGAUAUUUAGAACUUGGACAUUCUAUGCAGCCCGGCCGUUGGUAAAAACAAACACCAGCGCGACGACUCACGAUGGCUUCCGAACUUACCUUCCCGCAGUUCGGAAAGCUGCCGUUGGAAUUACGGGAUAUGAUAUGGGGGUACGCUCUUCCCGAGCCGAGAGUCUUUGAGGUCCUCGAUUCUCCGUCAUCGGCGCCAUCUCAAACCACGCCUUCGGGCCGUUUGAUGUUUGCUGACGUCCGUAACGAGCCGCCGCCCUCUAUAGCACGAGUCUGCCGCGAUGCCCGACAAGCGGUUUUGCGUCGCUACAAACCCAUCGCCUUUUCCGGAACAGUCAAGCACCUAGAUCUCUGCCGAGACAUCAUUUUACUUGACUCUUACUUACAGGUGAAGAGACUGCUAAAGGUGAUUCGCCUCCUAAGCCAGAUUGAGCCUAUUCGUCGGAGCGCUACCAGGUUGGCUCUCGGUACAUCAUGGGGCUUACACACCGGGUUGCACCUACGAAUGUUUCAUCGAAGCGUCCAAACGAAGCGCAACAUGGCCCGGUUUCUCGAGUACAUAUCUAAGUUUCGCCAGCUUGAGACUAUCAUCCUCGUCGUUUACCAGCGCUCGGCGUUUGGGCUCCGGGUCAAGUGCUGCGGCCCCGAUCGCCCGCGCAGCCUACCCUGGCGCCAUUACGAUCUGUACGAAUCGUAUCAUUUUAACUUCAACGUUAACUUUAACCUCGACAACUACUGGCUACGCCGGCCGUACCAGAGUAGGCUUGUUAGGUACGACCCGGAGGACGACAGAACGGAGGCAGAAAAGAUACAACAGUCUCCCUUACCGAGGCAUUCGAAGCAGUGCGUCCACGAUCCGCAACCGCGUGGAUACCAGGUACACGACCUGAAGGGCACGUUCGAGAGCUGGCUGAAGAAAUUCGCUGAGGACGAGACCCUAGGGCCAUCGCUGAAGGUACCGGGCUUGGAGACGGCUACUCUGACUUGGAUUUACACCGGAGUUCGCAACGAGGGUUUUUAUUGAAAGGAUUGCAAUGGGAGCAUACGGAGCGCGGUGCUAUUAGGUUGGUUACCUAGGUAUGUAUAUGUGUACCUAAUAGACUACAUCAUUGUCUUUCGGGGACUCGCCAAUACGGCCAUGGAUGGAUGGCAUGAUGCAUUGUUCGAAUUAAACAGGAU